CCCCUCGGCGGUGCCGCCAGACGGCGGCGGCCGGGCUGGGCGCUGCCGGCAGCCGGAGCAUCCCCGCUCCGCCCCGCAGCCGCGGCCAUGACCGACAACAUCCCGCUGCAGCCGGUCCGGCAGAAGAAGCGCAUGGACAGCAAGCACCGCGGCGGGUGCUGUGAGUGCCUGAGGUGCUGUGGCAGGAGGGACCCCAGGCCUCGCAGCGUCUGGCUCGGGCACCCAGAGAAGAGAGAGCAGAGGUACCCCCGCAAUGUCAUCAACAACCAGAAGUACAACUUCUUUACCUUCCUCCCUGGGGUGUUGUUUAACCAGUUCAAAUACUUCUUCAACCUUUAUUUCUUGCUCUUGGCCUGCUCUCAGUUCGUGGUUGAGAUGAGGCUUGGUGCACUUUACACAUACUGGGUUCCUCUGGGGUUUGUGCUGGCUGUCACCGUGAUCCGCGAGGCGGCCGAGGAGCUGCGCUGCUACAUGAGGGACAAGGAGGUGAACUCGCAGAUCUACAGCAAGCUCACAGCCAGAGGGACUGUCAAGGUGAAGAGCUCUAACAUACAAGUGGGUGACCUCAUCAUUGUGGAAAAGAACCAGAGGGUCCCUGCUGACAUGAUCUUCCUGAGGACGUCGGAGAAGAAUGGCUCCUGCUUCCUGCGCACGGACCAGCUGGACGGGGAGACCGACUGGAAGCUGCGGCUGCCUGUCACCUGCACCCAGCGCCUGCCCACGGCCUCUGACCUGCUGCAAAUCCGCUCCUAUGUCUACGCAGAGGAACCCAACAUUGACAUCCACAACUUUGUGGGGACCUUCACCAGGGAGGACAGUGACCCUCCAGUAAAUGAAAGUUUAAGCAUAGAAAACACCCUGUGGGCCAGCACAGUGAUUGCAUCAGGUACUGUGGUGGGAGUUGUCCUCUACACGGGCAGGGAGCUGCGCAGUGUGAUGAACACCUCCAACCCCAGAAGUAAGAUUGGCCUCUUUGAUUUGGAGGUGAACUGCCUCACCAAGAUCCUGUUUGGGGCUCUGGUGGUGGUGUCCCUGGUCAUGGUGGCCCUCCAGCACUUUGCAGGCCGUUGGUACCUGCAGAUCAUCAGGUUCCUGCUGCUGUUCUCAAACAUCAUUCCCAUCAGUUUGCGUGUGAAUCUGGACAUGGGGAAGAUUGUGUACAGCUGGGUGAUCCGCAGAGAUUCCAAAAUCCCUGGCACUGUGGUUCGGUCCAGCACCAUCCCUGAGCAGCUGGGGAGGAUUUCCUAUUUGCUUACAGACAAAACAGGGACUCUCACCCAGAACGAGAUGGUUUUCAAGAGGCUCCACCUGGGAACGGUGGCCUACGGCCUGGACUCCAUGGAUGAGGUGCAGAGCCACAUAUUCAGCAUUUACACACAGCAGGCACAGGACCCCCCGGCCGUGAAGGGGCUGUCCCUGGCCACCAAGGUGCGGCGCAGCAUGAGCAGCCGCGUGCACGAGGCCGUCAAGGCCAUCGCGCUGUGCCACAACGUCACCCCCGUCUACGAGAGCAACGGCGUCACCGACCAGGCCGAGGCCGAGCGCCACUACGAGGACUCCUGCAGGGUGUACCAGGCCUCCAGCCCCGACGAGGUGGCCCUGGUGCAGUGGACAGAGAGCGUGGGCCUGACCCUGGUGGGCAGAGACCAGUCCUCAGUGCAGCUGAGGAGCCCAGGGGGGCACAUCCUCAACUUCACCAUCCUGCAGAUCUUCCCCUUCACCUACGAGAGCAAGCGCAUGGGCAUCAUCGUGCGGGAUGAAUCCACAGGAGAGAUCACGUUCUACAUGAAGGGGGCAGACGUGGUGAUGGCUGGCAUCGUGCAGUACAACGACUGGCUGGAGGAGGAGUGUGGUAACAUGGCUCGGGAAGGCCUCAGGGUUCUUGUCGUGGCCAAGAAGUCUCUGACAGAAGAGCAGUACCAAGACUUUGAAGCACGCUACGUCCAGGCCAAGCUGAGUGUCCACGACCGCUCCCUGAAGGUGGCCACGGUCAUCGAGAGCCUGGAGAUGGAGAUGGAGCUGCUGUGUCUCACUGGGGUGGAGGACCAGCUGCAGACGGACGUCAGGCCCACGCUGGAGACGCUGAGGAACGCUGGCAUUAAGGUGUGGAUGCUGACAGGGGAUAAGCUGGAGACAGCCACGUGUACGGCCAAGAACGCUCAUCUGGUGACACGGACACAGGACAUCCAUAUAUUCAGACUAGUGACAAACCGAGGAGAAGCCCACCUGGAGCUGAACGCCUUCCGCCGCAAGCACGACUGUGCCCUGGUCAUCUCAGGGGACUCGCUGGAGGUGUGCCUGAAGUACUACGAGUGCGAGUUCAUGGAGCUGGCGUGCCAGUGCCCCGCCGUGGUGUGCUGCCGCUGCGCCCCCACGCAGAAGGCGCAGAUCGUGCGGCUGCUGCAGGAGAGGACGGGCAAGCUCACCUGUGCCGUGGGUGAUGGAGGGAAUGAUGUUAGCAUGAUUCAGGAGGCUGACUGUGGUGUUGGAGUUGAAGGAAAGGAAGGGAAGCAGGCAUCACUGGCAGCUGAUUUCUCCAUCACUCAGUUCAAGCACCUGGGCCGUUUGCUCAUGGUCCAUGGAAGGAACAGCUACAAGAGGUCUGCAGCCCUCAGCCAGUUUGUGAUCCACAGGAGCCUCUGCAUCAGCACCAUGCAGGCUGUUUUCUCAUCAGUGUUUUACUUUGCUUCAGUUCCUCUCUACCAAGGCUUCCUCAUCAUUGGGUACUCCACAAUUUACACCAUGUUUCCUGUGUUUUCUCUUGUCCUGGACAAGGAUGUGAAGUCUGAAGUUGCAAUGUUGUACCCAGAGCUCUACAAAGAUCUUCUUAAGGGACGACCGUUGUCAUACAAAACGUUUUUAAUCUGGGUCUUGAUAAGCAUUUAUCAAGGUAGCAUCAUCAUGUAUGGAGCUCUCCUCCUCUUUGAAUCCGAAUUUGUGCACAUUGUUGCCAUUUCCUUCACGUCCCUGAUCCUCACCGAGCUGCUGAUGGUGGCACUGACCAUCCAGACGUGGCACUGGCUGAUGAUCGUGGCUGAGCUGCUCAGCCUCUCCUGCUACAUCGCUUCCCUGGUCUUCUUGCACGAGUUCAUUGAUGUUUACUUCAUUGCCACCUUGUCGUUCCUGUGGAAGGUCACUGUCAUCACCCUGGUGAGCUGCCUGCCCCUCUACGUGCUCAAGUACCUGAGACGGAGGUUUUCUCCCCCCAGCUACUCGAAGCUCACGUCCUAGGGCUGCUGCUGCUGGCACACAGAGACAGGCAUUGCCCAGGGCCCCGAGACCCCCCAGCUGCUCCCCAAUGAGCAGUCCUGGCCCUCAGGGCCCCGUGGUGAUCUCUGGUACCUGCUGCUGCGGUGAGGCACUUCCAGACUGCCCUGGACGGGACCCCAACACCACAAGGGACUGUUUGGAGGGUGGAGGCUCUGAGUUCAUCCGGUUCUUGGCACUUUUGUUCUACUUAACUGGGGUCAAAUGCAUGGAACUGCGAUGGCAAUGGGUUUCUCUUGCAUGGUUCAAAGUCUGUGGAAGCUGCUACCUGACCUUGGGAUUUACAUUUGACAAUUUGAAGUGAAUUUUUUAAGUGUCUACACUGUCCUUUGCAUUGUGUUACCUUUUGUUAAGUUUAUGUUAUUCGUCUUUUUUGAUUCAAGUAGUUACAUUCUUUUUACAUCUUGGAAAUCCCUUAAUGUAGGUGAUGCACUACACUGCUGACAGCUGAUUCCUGAUUUAUGGCAUGUUGUUUCCAUAAUGGGGCUCCAGCCUGUCGGAUCUACACACACUGGAGAAUCUGAGCGUGUCUGAGAUUUUCCUUCCGUUGAAAUGUGGUCACCCCAGUGAUUUUGGAGGUAUCCAGCCAUUGAUAAAGACAGAAAAGUGGUAGCUCAAAACGAGAAAAUUCAGUUUUGUUUAGCUUUUGUCCUUCCUGUUAAAAGGAGCAGUGACAUAAUAGUUUCACUCUGUAUUUAUUUGUGUAGGAGAAAAUUAUCUAAACUAAAGCAAAUCCUCUUUGGAACAGAACUUUGCAGUUGAUCAUCCUUGAAAUGUGUCGACAACGUGAGAAGAGUCUCGUACUGUUCUGCAGACAAUGUGGCAGACGUGUCUUGAAUCCUUGGAGACUGAAAGGAGAGGUCACAGAGCUGCUACUCCUCACAGCUCCAUGAAAUCUGUUUCCUGUUAGUGUGAAACUUUGAGGAUGAGCUGCAAGUAAGCAGAGGCACUCCUAGGUGGAUGUUUUAAUGACAUGCUCCCUGCAGAGAGGCACUUUUUGGAGCCUUGCACUUGCUUGGCUCUAAAAACCAAACCUGAAUCACAAGAGUGGGUUCAGACAAAGGCAUUAGGCUGAGUGCAGAGCAAAUUUAUGUGUUUUUUGUUCUCAAAAAUUAAACUCGGUGAGUUCUGUCAUUAUUAUAAUUAUUUAGUCCACAUUAUCAUUUCAUGAAGAGAGCCACACGUACUUGGGCUUCUCAGUAGAAGGACAGAGACUUACAGGGACCUUUUAGAGCUGAGUUGGUGCAUCAAGCACGGAUGGGCUUUUAGUGGCAGCCAUCCUUGUCUGAGGCUCCUCAGUCUGUGCUAAAUUAGCUGCUUGCUGUCUUCUUCCCACAUCAGAGAAACCAUGGGUGGAGCUGGCACUGCUUGGGACCCUUGUUCCUUGGCUGCCCAGGGGGAAAGAGCCCAGGCCUGAGCUCCUGUCCCAGAGCAGAACCAGGGCCUGAGCUCCUGUCCUGGAGCAGAACCAGAGCCUGAGCUCCUGUCCCGGAGCAGAACCAGGGCCUGAGCUCCUGUCCCAGAGCGGGGCCUGGGCUCCUGUCCCAAGGCAGAGCCUGAGCUCCUGUCCCAGAGCAGAACCAGGGCCUGAGCUCCUGUCCCAGAGCAGAACCAGGGCCUGAGCUCCUGUCCCAGAGCAGAACCAGGGCCUGAGCUCCUGUCCCAGAGCAGAACCAGGGCCUGAGCUCCUGUCCCAGAGCGGGGCCUGGGCUCCUGUCUCAAGGCAGAGCCAGGGCUCCCUUCUGGCAGUUGGGCUCACAGCCUCCUGUGAAUUAAUUAAUUAAUGCCGUUUUGCCAGAAAGGUCCUCAACGUUGUCUUCAUCAUGACAGGAUAGUGUUGGCCAUGCCACUGCUCUGGAGUCCCCAGACAGCAUUUCAGAGAAUCAUGGAAUGGUUUGGGUUGGAAGGGACCUUAAAGCCCAUCCAGUGCCGCCCCUGCCAUGGCAGGGACACCUUCCCCUGUCCCAGGCUGCUCCCAGCCCUGUCCAGCCUGGCCUUGGGCACUGCCAGGGAUCCAGGGGCAGCCACAGCUGAUCUGGGCAUCCUGUGCCAGGGCUGCCCACCCUCCCAGAAUUUCUUCUCAAUAUCCCAUCCAAUUUGCUUUCAUUAGUUUAAGUACAAGAAGCAAGAACUCCUCUUGGCCCCAGGUGGUGACUGGGCAGCCCAGUCCCCCUGGGCUCUGGUCCCCAGCCUUGCCCCUCUCCUGUGUGUUGGUAGCUCAGUGUCCUGCAACAGCAACAGUGCCAAGCUACUGUGUGUAAAUAUUUGAGACAUAUAAAUGGUAGAAUUCACUGUUUCCUCAAGUCAAUACAGUUUACACUGAGUGGACCAUAUUUGCAAACUAUUAGCUUACACCAAGAAAGGGAGUGAACUGUGAUUUCAUUUGUAUUUAUUGAAUCAUAAGUUUAGUAGCAAUUUAGUAGAGUUGAUAGUGAUCUAGAGCUGUGUUUUGGGGCGUGGAUUAUGUUCUUUGCAGUUUGUGUUUUUGCACAAGGUAGUAAAUCCAGAAGUCAUUUCUGCCUGGAUAUAUACUACAUCUUUUCAAAGCAGUCAGAGACUAAAACUGCCAUCUAACAAACAGCAGGAAAGAUGAACACUUCUGUUUUUCAAGUUUAGCACUUUAUGUUUGCAAUCCAUUUCUCAUAAGUUAUUUAAAAAUGUUUUUAAAAACAAAAUUUAAUACACAUGUUCCUAUUUACUGUACAUUAAAAUAAAUGGAUUCUCUGCUGGAAAUUUCAUCUUUUCCUCUAGUAUGCUCAUAAUUUGUACUUUUGGGGAGCGAAGCAUUGUUUUCUUCUUCUGUGCAGUAUCUUGUUCGUGGCCUUAGUGUUCUUCCUAUUCCUUUCAGUGUGGGUUCUGUGCUGUAGCAGUUCAUGUGUGACCUGUGUGCUUCGGGCUGCCCCAGGUGGUGCCCCUGGCUGCCAGUGCAGUCUCACUGUGCUCCUGCUGCCCGUGGCUGCCAUCACCCCGUGCUGAGGGUGAGGCUUUGUGGCACACUCUGCAGCAAUUCCAGGUGUGUCACACCCUCCCUAUCCCCUCUCCUCUGCAUUUCUCUCCUCUGCAGAGCUUGUCCUGUUCACCUGUGCGAACAUUUGUUCAGCUCAGCUCGUGGGGCAGUGGAAACCCAACAUUCUGUGUCCCACAGACUGUGCAGGGUCUGAUCAGGGCUGUUUGAGCUGAGGGGUGCUCAGGACCAUCCCUGGUGUCCCCGUGGGGUGAGCACUGUGUGCUGGGGCUGCAGCAGGGUGUUCUCCUGUGCUCCCAGAGCUGGCCCAGCCCAGCCCAGGACAGCCUGGGCCUCUGGAGCUGCCUGGGAGUGGUGCUGGAGGGGAGCUGGGUUUGUCAGGGAAUCCUGCAGCUGCUCUCUGGGGUUUCUGUGUGGGAAAGCUGCUGCUGCUCUGCUGCCCCACAGGGCCCUGGUUUGCCCAGAGAGCUCUGCCCCAUCAGGGAUGUGAGCCCUGCCUUGUGCAGCUCAGUGUCCUGAGCUGUUCCUGUGCCACUGGGCUCGUCCCACAGUGUCUGGGGCCAUUUCAGCACGAUGGGCUCUUUAUUUAUUAUUAGUUAUUUCAUAAGUGUUAAACCCUAUGAUUUGCAUGAAAUCCUGUGGUUCACAGCUUUGCCAAUAUGGUCCAUUACUACUGCCUACGACAACUUGUGUACUUAUAUGCCUUUGAGAACAGUUUUCAUUGUUAAAAUUGUUUAAAAUCUCAGUGUUAAGUUAAUUUAAUUUUUAAUGGGGAAAUGGAUUCUGGUGUCAAACUGGUAUUUACUGUGAUGCCGAUGUUUUGUACCUGUCAUCCAGCUAAACAACCUGUAAAUAUCCUGAGUCAAGAGAAACAUGAAUGCCAAUUAUUUAUUGUUCUGUGGAGUUACAUGUCGCAGAUGUGUAAGACCUUCAAAGGGAAUGUUGUAAAACAAGGUGGAAAAAAUAAAUUUUAUGCAACUUCUUUACUUCA